AUGAUAAAACUUCUCAUUCAAAGUAGUUUAAUGUAUGUAUUGUACAUUUUAUGUAGCAAUACCCAGACAACACACGAUGAAAGAACUUUAUAUAAUAAACAUGUAGAUUAUAGGAGAUUAUUAUUAAAAUGUAAAGUUCCUGGACAACCUAAACCAAUUAAUCCAGAAGAAGCAUUAAGUUGGGAUAAUGAUUUAGAAGAUUUAGCUAAUAGACAAGUAGUAGCAUGUAAUUUAAGUAGUGAAUAUAAAAAAGCUGAAGUGGAAAAAGAAUAUCGUGAUACAAUUGGUAUAAAUACAGCUGAUAAUCUAAACGUUUUAAAUGCCAUGGAAACUUGGUUCAAUGAAUAUCAAUUAUAUGAUUACACAAGGAAUAAAUGCAAAGUACCUAAAGAUUGUCUCCAUUAUAAAAGGAUUGUAUGGGGUAGCGCUGAAUUUAUAGGUUGCUCAACUGGAUAUUGUAGUGAUCUAACUGAAGUUAAAUCAGGCAAAAUAAUUGUGUGUUAUUAUUCACCCAU